AUGGUAGAGGCCGUAGUUAGCGAUCGCUCUACUCGUUCGCCGCACGCCGCCGCGAUCGGACGUCCGCGCUAUACCGACGUACCGCGCUCCCAUCACGCGAUAAAUGGCGCCCAAAUUGGGACUGCGCUGACGCGGGUGAAUCGAGGUGGGCAUACGACCGCGGCGCAAAUAUAUACUGACGAUAUGGAUGCAGUAUGGCCGCGGCACAUUGGCUCAACUCGC